AUGGGGUCUGUCACCUACCGAGAUGGCACAGCUAUCGUCCAGCUGUUUUUCUUCGCGGCCUACCUGUGUUGUGCACUGUUUCUCUGCACCAAGCACGGCUGGUAUCGUAGCGGCGGCUGGCUCAUCAUCGUGUUGUUCAGCACGCUCCGCAUCAUCGGCUCCGGCUUCCAGCUAUCGACCAUUGACCAUCCAACACGCACGGCUUAUGCAGGCGCUCUUAUUACCGAAAGCAUCGGCAUCGCGCCGCUGGUGAAUAUUAAUGUGGGCAUGCUGGCCUGGCUAAACGAGUACCUGCGCAAGAAACUACACAAGAUCGUCUUCAUUAUGUUCUUCGUCGCGAGCUCCACGGGCAUAGGCCUCGCCUCCGAGGGAGGAGCACGGUCCGCGAACACUGCGACACCCUUCUCGGGCAACGCGCUGACCCAGGCCGCCAUCGUCAUCUUCACGGUGCAAUACGCAUGCGUCGGAAUUGUGGCUUCGAUCAUUUAUGCGCAGAGGAGGGAGAUCGCUCGACUAGAGCUUCGCCUCCUUGUUUGCACAGCGGCGUGCUCGCCGUUUAUCGUUGUUCGCCUCGUCUACGGUCUAAUCGCCAACUUUUCGCACGACAUUCGCUUUAACAUCUUUCUGGGCGACACGACCAUCUACUUCACUAUGUCGGUGCUGAUGGAGAUCUUCGCUGUGGGUUUGUGCUGUAUUGCUGGCCUCAUGCUGGAGAAGAUGCCGAGGCCGAACUCGAAAACGUCAGAGCCGGGAACGGUCGAGCUUAGCGAGGGUAUACUACACCAAAGAGCAUCAGGAGAGCUUAGCGGGUUACCCCAAGAGGGGGUAGAAAGUCACAAGUAG